CUAGUUUUAAUUUCCUCCUAUACACUCAUAACGUUUUUGUUUUCAGCAUUGUGGGCACAGAAAAAGUAGAACCAUUUUGUGCACUUUCGAGAACAGCUUUUGUCAUCUAAUGCCAUAAUUCAAAUUCUUUGUCUCUCUUCUCUCUCAAUUAUUUUAAGUCUUCUCGAUCUUUUCAACACUCACAUCUUUUAAAGUUCACCACUUUCACUUCCCAAAUUCCCAAAAACAGAACUAAAAAAUGAAGAUCCAAAUACUCUGUUUCACCACUCUGUUCUUAGCUAUCUUCACCUCUCAAGUCACCACUGCUUACAAAUUCAAAUUCGAUUACUUUGGUAACGGCACCGAUCCAAUAUCAUUCCAUGGAGACGCUGAGUAUGGUCCUGACACUGAUGGCAAGAGCCGGUCCGGAGCCAUCGCAUUGACUCGAGACAACAUUCCUUUCUCUCAUGGUCGAGCCAUUUUCACCACUCCAAUCACUUUCAAGCCUAAUGCUUCAGCUCUUUACCCUUUUAAAACCUCUUUCACUUUCUCCAUUACUCCUAAAACAAACCCUAAUCAAGGUCAUGGCCUUGCUUUCAUCGUCGUCCCAAGUAACCAAAACGACGCCGGUUCCGGUUUAGGCUAUCUCAGUCUUCUGAACCGAACCAAUAACGGUAAUCCUAAUAACCACCUCUUUGCCGUUGAGUUCGAUGUCUUUCAAGACAAAUCUCUUGGCGACAUGAACGAUAACCAUGUCGGAAUCGAUAUUAAUUCGGUUGAUUCGGUGGUUUCUGUGAAAUCCGGUUAUUGGGUUAUGACAAGAAGCGGUUGGUUAUUUAAGGAUUUGAAGCUAAGUAGUGGAGAUAGAUACAAGGCUUGGAUUGAGUACAACAACAAUUAUAAAGUAGUCUCUGUUACGAUUGGUUUAGCGCAUUUGAAGAAACCGAACCGGCCAUUGAUUGAAGCAAAAUUCGAUCUUUCCAAGGUCAUACACGAGGUAAUGUAUACCGGUUUUGCUGGUUCGAUGGGUCGUGGUGUCGAGCGUCACGAGAUUUGGGACUGGACUUUCCAGAAUUAAGAAAACAGGUUUGGUUUGGUUCGAGAUCAUCGGUUUUCUUUUGGUUUAUGUUUCUGGUUUACCCUGGUGUGCCUUCAGCUUGUGAUAAUUGAAGUGAAAUAAUUGCUCAUUUUAUGUCUUACCGACAAUUUGAUGUAUUAUUGUUGUCAGAUUAGUAGAAAUCAAGGACGUUUCGUUCCUAAUCUUUUAUGUUAGUCACUUUUAAAUUACAUUUCUCGUUGACAAAAAAAGAAAAAAUGAUUUUACAUUCUAUCAAAA